AAAUAGAAGCUAAAUCCUUGAGUAAAACUUUGUAUUUUCUAACACCUUUAAAUGUCGUUCAUGUGAUUAUGUUUGUUUACGCUUUUGCUAAAUUGUAUAUACAUAUAAAAUAUCAUUAAUCUUUAUCAUAAAUAUGAAAAUUUAAAAAUCGCUUGCUCUAUUGCUAGAUCUGACAAAAAACGGAACAAUGACAAAACAGGAGAGAACAGAGAACAAGGAGAAUAUCGGAGUCAAAAAUGAUCUUCCCAGAGGACAGAAGGAGAAACCUGUUCUCAAAGAGAAGUUCGCCCUGCAGAACAGGAACGGAAAUGACGGAAAGAUCUCUGAGACCAAAGUUCAGGGUGAGGUAAAGAACUUGCAGAGUACUCGGAUCUUAAAGUCAAAUACACCGAUCAAAUCAGAAGAAUCUGCUUUAAAGCCUGAAAAAAGGCCAGUCCUAAAACCCCGGAAUGAUGAUGUUCCAAGGGUUCCUUGGAGCACUCCUAUGGUAAAGGCUACUGCCAAGAAAUCCUACGCUAAAAGUAUCACAAUCCCGGAGCAAGUGCCAGAUCUAAGUGCUAAGAUUGCUACUCCUCCUAUCGCUAAAAAGGUUCCGGUAGAAACGGGGACAGUCCCAGCCAAGGCAGAGUUUCUAUUAUCGAGAAAAGGAAGGAGGCUUCCAAGGAACAGGAACGGAAUGAGUACCUGAAGAGUGUAAGGAAUGGUAAGUACUCGUUCCAGAACUCCGACGGAUCCCUGGCGCAGCAGACGAGAAGUAUUCCUGUAUCUAGAGUAUCAGCGGAACCAAAUAUAAUAAUCAACUCUCCACAGAGGUUUGAAGAAAGGAGAUACAAUGAGAUCAUGCCAGAUAUUCGUGGGUUUAACCCUGUCUUUUCUGGACCACCUCAGCUCUUUGCAGUGCUUGAUAAUAGUGGUAGAGAGGAACAGUGCUGGCCGAGGGAUGAGUUCAGAGUUACGGAGAAUAAUGUUAGUUUGGCUGGAUCUCUGUUCUCUCCUAGGUUUUCUAGUACUACUCAUGAUAUCUUCUCUUCAGGACUAUAUUCUCCUCCUCAGGUAUACGUUUCACUGCUAACAACAGUACCCUGGUAUACCUGGUGGAUGUGGCUGGAGCUAGAACUACAUCAGAUAUGUUCCACGAUCUCUACGAGAACAACGUCGCUGAGACCCUCUUCAGGGAAUCAUGUAAACAGAAUCUGGAGGAUAGUGUGGACUGUUCUCUAGAGCUCAGUAAAGCUCAGUAUUGGAGAAACUAUAAGAAAGAGGAUUGCUGGGUCUUUGGACAGAUCCAUAUACAACAGAAGCCGGACGGAUUAACUGUUGUGGAACGGAGAAAUGACAAAAUGUUCAUCCUACUCAAGUCUAGUCCAUCCACUGGGAAGGUAAGGUUGGGAAACAAGUUCGCCUCAAUAACCGCUUGUCUGGGAGAUCAGAGUCAUAUCUUCAUCAAGGCUCAGGAGAGGAGGAUGCACUACAAUGGACAGAACUCCGUCUUCACUGUCAGGUACAGGGAGUCCCAGUUAUAA